AUGAGGUCUACUGCCCGAGCGUGCUCACGGGGACAGAAUCGGAAGGAUUCUGAUGGUGGCCAAGGAUUGGAGAAGCCAGCAUUCCUGCCAGAGCUUCUUGACACUCCUGAAAGAAUCCUGAACAAUGCCACAUUCUUCAAUGGAGUCUUUCAAAAUGUGGAAAGUGUUGCAUUAUUUUUUGACUGCCUGGGUUCUCACUUCACCUGGUUACAGUCCAUCUUCACGAACUUCCCUGCCCUGCUCAACUUUGUGAACAGAAUGAAGUGUGUUACUGGGCUUUGUCCCAGGGACUUCGAAGACUAUGGUUGCUCUUGCCGGUUUGAGAUGGAAGGACUCCCUGUGGAUGAAGCUGAUGAAUGCUGUUUCCAGCACCGGAAAUGCUAUGAGGAAGCGAUGGAGAUGGAGUGCACGUGGGACCCAUCAAAGGUUCCUACAGAUGUCAGCUGCUCUACUGAAAACCUGACCUGUGAUUCUGGGGAUCCCUGUGAACAGCUCCUCUGCAACUGUGACAAAGAUGCCGUUGAAUGCUUGGCGAAGGCACAUAUUAACUCCUCCUUGAAUGGGCUGGAUAUUUCCUUUUGUCUACCUCUGGUUACAGAAACCACCAGCAAAAGAGAGCUGACAACACUUCAUACAAAGGACUUACUUCGUCUUGGGACUGAUGGAACACAGCCUGCGACUGCAUCCAUGGAAGAAGUGAACUCCUUUGAGCCCAGUGAGAUGGCCCUGGGGACUUCCAGAGCCAGAGAGGAAGAUGGAUUUAUGGAAGCUGCAGUGUCAGUGGAAGAGAUAACCACGACCCCAGCCUCGUUCCCAGCAGGUCUUAACUCACUGCAAGUCAAAAUGGUUCCCACAGAGAAGAUUCCUGCAGCCAUAUCUGCAAGGACAAAGGAAGAGGGCAAGUUGUUAUCUCCAGAGACAAGCCCUGCAAGGGGUGGCCAAAGCCCAACUUCUUCUGGAAUAGCUCUGGAGCUGGUACUGUCUGACAGGAGAGCCAGUGAACCUGCAGGAAAGGUAUGUGAGCGAUUAACCUUUCUGCAAGAGAGAGGAAAUGGAAGAGCAAAGAGGGAGCUGCCCCAGCUAGGAGAAAUGCUGUUCUGUUUAACUGAGCGAUGCCCAGAGGAAUUUGAGUCUUAUGGUUGCUACUGUGGCCAAGAAGGGAGAGGUUAUCCUACUGAUGCACUGGACAGGUGCUGCUUCUCUCAUCACUGUUGUAUAGAACAAGUUAUGAAACUUGGAUGUCAUGCAGAAAGAAGUUCAAGAUCUGAAGUUGUGUGUUUCGAUCAUAAGCCAAACUGUGUUGGUUGGAGCAUGUGUGAGAAACUACUAUGCACUUGUGAUAAGACAGCCGCCGAGUGCAUGGCUUCUGCCUUCUUCAAUGAAAGCCUUAAGCUUCCACACAGGCAAGAGUGCCAAGAGGAGAAAAUCUCAUGUCAAAGUGACCCUUAUGAAAGGCCUUCAACAGGCACAGGAACAGGCACAGGGAUUUCCAGCUCCGAGGAGAGCAGUGAGGAGGAAGGCCCACUGGGGAGCGUAUUAAGAAGAGCAAAGAGAGAUACACACCAUCACAUUGGAAACUCCAGAGCUGUGCAACAUGAAGGCAGAUAACCAACUACCACUAUACACUUGAGGAACAACAUGGAUACAUUCACAGUUGGUCACUGCAUACCUUGCUCCUUCUUAUCACUCCAGUGCCUGCCUUACACUUUCCAGCACACAAGUGACAUAAUCAUAGACUAAGUAUUAGAUGUUAGGCUGUAUACCUUCUUACCAUAGUGAGGUCAGCGCUAUGGAUCACCUACUUAGGUCAGAUGUUUAAAUGUGUAAAUGAUUAUUUCACACUAUUCUGUAUAAUUUGAUUUCUAUACGUAAAAACUGCUGUGAUCAAAGACUGAUUCUGCUAACUGCGUAGUUGGUUCAGACUGGAUCUUGCUUAUGGUGGCUAAAUAUUUCAGGUUCUUAAUUAAACCAAUCUGCAAC